AUGAAUGAUAAGACUACCAUUUAUGGUCCUAAGUUAAUCCCUGAAAUAAUGGAAAAUGGUGUAUCUGAUACAUACCCAUUGGGUAUGUCAAAUUUUGAAGAACAUGCAAUACAAGAAGAAGAAGAAGUAGAAGAAGAAGAAGAAGAAGGUGAAGAUGACGAGGCCGUUUCAAAUAAUGUUGGUAAUAAGGCAGAUUUAGGUUUCUUAGUCAGUGCUAAUUUUUCAUCUGAUUCACUAAAUGAUUCAUCACCUCAAUUUGAUUAUAAUAAUACAUUUUCAUCACCAAGGCGAUAUUCAAAUUCUUCAUUAAAUAAUUCUCCAGUUAUACCCCCACCCAAUAAUAAUAGAAGACAAAGACCUUUAUCUGCAUUCUUAAUGGAUUCAAAUAACCUAAUAAGUGAAGAUGGAAUCGCAUUUAAUAAUACUGCAAGAUCUCGAGAUUCACUCAAUUUCGGGUCAAAGUUAAAUUAUACUCCUACGCAGUUACCACCAAUUUCACCUCGACCACCAUCUCCAACGAGAUCAACAUCACCAAGUAGGAUAAAUAAACAUUAUAGAUCAAAAUCACCAGUUAAAAGAAGUAUGUCACCGAAAAAGGAAAGUCCAUUUAAUUUUCGACCUCAAGAAGUUGGUCAAAAUAAUAAUUUACAAGUUAAACAUACUCAUAGAAAAGGACAUAAAUAUAAACAUUCAUCAGUUUCAAUGAAUAUGUUUCAAGAACCACCAAUUGCAAUUGAUGAUUUAUUUAAAAAUCAAAAUUUAAAUUUAAUUACUAAUCUGUAUCCAAUCCCGAAAUUUAAUGAAAUAUUAUUAUCAAUAAAUCAAAAUCAAAGAUUAAGAUUAAGUUGGUCAUUUCUUCAUCUAAGUAUAUCUGUAUUAAUAUUUGUAAUUGGAUUUAAAUUUGGAUUAAGUAGUUUAUCAACAUUGGCACAUUUAGUAUUUUAUGAUUCAUUGGGUUCCAUACUAAUUGUAAUUGUUGAUAUAAUGACUAAUUUUGAAGUUUGGAAUAGUUCAAGUUUAGCUUAUCCUUUUGGAUUAGGUAGGAUUGAAGUAUUGGUUGGAUUUGCGUUAAGUGCUUCUUUAAUAAUGGUUGGUUUUGAUUUAUUUAGUCAUUUUAUUGAAGAAUUUAUAAUAUUAUGGGUUGCAAAUGAAGAACACGAACAUGCCUCUUCACAUCAUGUACAUGUAAAACCAAACCAAGAAUCAAAUUGGGUUAUAUAUGAAUCUAUAUUAUUGAUCACUAUGAUUGUUUCAUUAAUAUCAUCAAAAUUCAUACUUGCAUAUGAUAGAAUAAAUGAGAUAAUAAAUACCCAAACAAAUAAAACCCUGAAUUAUGGUUUGAUAGAUAAGGAUUUAAAGAAUCAAGAAACGAGUCCAAUUAUUAAACUCAUUAAAUUAUGGCAAAAUAAUCCAACACACUUUAUUACUUUAUCAUACACUGUUUAUCUAAUAUUCAGUCCAUUAAUUCCACAAAGUUUGACAUCAGAUCUAGCUAUUGAUUUGAAUGAAAUUGCCACAAUCAUAGUCGCUACAAUGUUAUGUUUUAAUGGUUGGAAUUUAGUUAGAGCAUUAGGUGGGAUUUUAUUAUGUUCAUUUCCAUAUUCAAACUACCAAUAUUAUUUAUUAAAACUGAGGAUAAUAGAUUUGAUUACCAACCAAGAAUGGUUUAAAAAGACUUAUCAAAUUGAACAAUUUUACAUUACAAAAUUUAAUUAUAAAGUAUAUGUUAUUGGAAUGAAGAUAAUUAUGAAAGGUAGUGAUUCAGAAGAAGAAAUAAGAGUUAGAUUUGAAGUUAAUAGAAUUAUCAAAAAAGAAAUUGAUCAAUUAGAUAGUGAUAAAUCAAUUAUUGAAACAACUAUAGAUAUUGAUAGAUUUUAA